GUCUUGGAUGGUUCCCUCCGGCUAGUUCUCUCUGAUCAGUACUUUCACUCGGAAUUUUUUAAAGAUUCCACUUAUUCGCAUAUCACUCACGAUUUUCCAACAUGUCGGACGUCGAAGAUGCAAUGGACGUGGAUGUCCCGUCGUCCAAGGUCCAGUUCAGCUCCGACAACACGAACGCCAAAGCCAAGAGACCGGCAGCAGAUUUGCCAGUAGAGGCUCAAGACAACCUGCCUUGGGUGGAGAAAUACCGACCGGAUACCCUCGAGGAUGUCUCGGGACACCACGAUAUCAUCGCUACGAUUAACCGAUUUGUAGACAAGAAUCGUCUCCCUCAUCUACUGUUAUACGGUCCCCCAGGAACCGGAAAGACCUCUACGAUUCUGGCCCUCGCGAGACGGAUUUAUGGCACCAAGAACAUGCGACAGAUGGUGCUGGAGCUCAACGCGAGUGACGACCGAGGCAUUGACGUGGUUCGGGAACAGAUCAAGACAUUUGCCAGCACCAAGCAGAUCUUCUCCAUGGCGCCCCAGACAGCCGGCGGCUCCUCUCUCGCAUCGUACAAGUUGAUUAUCCUGGACGAAGCGGACGCAAUGACCUCGACCGCACAGAUGGCACUCCGACGGAUCAUGGAGCGGUAUACGGCCAACACCCGAUUCUGCAUUAUCGCCAACUAUACCCACAAGCUGUCGCCAGCUCUACUGUCGCGGUGUACGCGAUUCCGAUUCAGCCCGUUGAAGGAGCAAGAUAUUCGGGUGCUAGUCGACAAGGUUGUUGAGCAGGAGCAGGUGAACAUCCAGCCCGACGCUGUGGAUAGCUUGGUCACGUUGAGUCAGGGUGAUAUGCGACGGGCGCUGAAUGUGCUCCAGGCGUGCCAUGCCAGCAGUAAACCGCUCCCACUGAAGAAUGCCCCCAAGGACGAGCCCGUACCGGAGCUUGAACUGAUCACCAACGAAACCAUCUACGACUGCAUUGCGGCACCGCACCCGUCGGAUAUCCAAGAGAUCAUGACCACAUUGCUGGCCACCAGCGACGUGACUUCGUGUCUCAACACUCUCAACACAUUGAAGCUCACCAAGGGUCUGGCGUUGGCCGAUAUCCUGGCUGCGUUGGCUGAGCAGUUGCAACGGCUGGAGGUACCACCGCAGACUCGGAUCACUUGGCUGCAAGGCCUUGCGGAGAUUGAAUGGCGACUGGCGGGCGGAGGGUCGGAGACAAUGCAGACCGGGGGAGUGGUCGGAGUGGUGCGCAAUGGAUGUGAACUGAUGGGCAACAAGGGUGUUGGUGUGGGGCAGUAGUGGGAUGAUAGAGGAGCAACGAUGCAUGAAACGGUGUUUGGGUCUUUUUUUCUUGUUUUCUUUUCUACUAGAUUCAACUGGCGAUACAAGUAUCAUUUGGAUGAUGUAUGAACACACCACAUACCAGCAGAGCGUCG